CGGGCACAAUGCUGUCUACAGAUGAGCGAGUCGCCAUUUUGAAAAGCAAAUCGUUCACAGCACACCCACCCUGAGUACUGGAACUAUGCCGCGGGGCCGGCCUCGCAAACAGAGAGUUAAAAGCAGCGACGAAACAGAUGCAGAUCCCAGUGACGCCAAGGCAGAAAGUUUCAGCGAUGGAGAGCUCAAGGACAAGAAGUGCACGAUAUGCUCUCAGAUCUUUACCACCGAGAGCCAGCUGCAGAAGCAUCUCCGAGAACAUGAGAUCAACGAUAAGCCUCACCGAUGUGACCAGUGCCCACAGACUUUUAAUGUGGAGUUCAACCUCACACUCCACAAGUCCACGCACACGACCUCAGACUUCACCUGCCCGGUUUGCCAUAAAAAGUUCUCCCGCAUUGCCAGCCUCAAAUCUCACGUCAUGCUGCACGAGAAGGAGGAGAAUUUGAUCUGUGUGGAGUGCGGAGAUGAGUUCAUUCUCCAGAGCCAGCUCUCUCUGCACUUGGAGGAGCACCGGAAAGAGCUGUCGGGCAUCAAGGUCUACACCUGCAAGAACUGCGACAAGGAGUUCAAGACAUCUGCGCACCUCAAGGAGCACAUGAAGUGCCACGUCAAGAUGAGGCCGCUCACCUCGAGUUCCAGAAACUACAAGAAAAACAUUGACCGCAGUGGGUUCACAAACAGCUGCCACCACUGCGGAAAGGCUUUUAAAAAGCCCAGCCAGCUUGUUAGGCACAUACGAAUACACACAGGUGAGAGGCCCUAUAAGUGCACACAUUGCGGCAAGGCUUUCAACCAGAAGGUGGUGCUGCAGACUCACAUGGUGAGACACACUGGAGAGAAACCUCACCUGUGCAUUUUCUGCCCUGCCUCCUUCUCCCAGAAGGGGAACCUGCACUCCCAUGUUCAGAGAGUUCAUUCUGAGACUAAAGGUGUACCGCUGUUCCCGUGCAUGGACUGCAGCUGCGCAUUCAAGAAGCUGGGCAGUCUGAACGCCCACAUCAGUAAGAUGCACAUCUCAGUGAUUGAGGUGCCUUCCAGCACUCCGGAGACAGAGACAACAGGUCAAGCUCCUGGGGGGUCAGAGGGCGGCGAGGGGGUGACAGAUGUCAUUCAGCAACUUUUAGAGCUGUCUGAGCAGGUCAGCGGUGAGACUGCACAGCCCCAACCUCCAGAGCCAGCUAUUACCAUGGAAACUGCCAUCAACCAGGACAUUCUACAGCAAGCUCUGGAGAACAGCGGGCUGAGUGUGGUCCAACCACAGGGUGACACCACAUCCAGAGAGUCACAGAACCAGACCACGGAAGGUUCUGCGGUAGAAAGCAAGAAAGUACAAGGUCCUGAAAAACCAGUCAGGGAGAAGAAAAGGAGCGUUUUUAAGAAACCUAUACAAAUGCCAGGCUCCAUCAGGGAGGAGAAUGGCGUUCGUUGGCAUGGCUGCCCAUACUGCUCCAAGGAGUUCAAGAAGCCCAGCGAUCUUGUUCGCCACAUCCGCAUCCACACCCAUGAGAAGCCUUUCAAGUGCAAACAGUGCUUCAGAGCUUUUGCAGUCAAGAGUACCCUCACAGCACAUAUGAAAACGCACACGGGUAUCAAGGCCUUUGAGUGUCAGUGCUGUCUGAAGUGCUUCUCCACUUCUGGCAGCAUGAAGGUACACAUGCGGCUGCAUACAGGUGUCCGUCCUUUCCCCUGCCCUCACUGUGACAAGAUCUUUCGCACGUCAGGCCACAGGAAAACACACAUUGCUUCUCACUUCAAAAGCUUACAGCAGAAGAAGCACAAGUUUCCCAGAAAAACCAACAAAGCCAAAGUGUCCAAGAGUAACCUACCUCUGCCUGAUAUCCCCCUGCAGGAACCCAUCCUCAUCACUGACUUUGGCCUCAUCCCAUCCCAGAACCCUCGCUUGGCUUUUCAACAAUACCUUGAGGUGGUGGGCAGUGACCGCCCGUACAAGUGCCAGUUCUGUAGUAAGGCCUACAAGAAAUCAAGCCAUCUUAAACAACAUGUCAGGUCUCAUACAGGAGAAAGGCCCUACAAGUGUGUGCAGUGUAGUCGGGGGUUUGCCUCCUCAGGAGUCCUCAAAGCUCACAUCAGGACCCACUCAGGCCUAAAGGCAUACAAGUGCCUGAUGUGCGACACCACGUUCACCACCAGUGGCAGCCUGCGACGACACAUGACCACCCACAGUGACCUGCGACCUUACAUGUGCCCCUACUGCCAGAAGACCUUCAAGUCAUCACCCAACUGCAGGAAGCACAUGAAGACACACAGGUAUGAACUGGCCCAGCAACUGCAGCCCCAGUCAACAGAGGACCACUUAGGAGGGGGCGCUGUGGCCCACGAUAUCCAGGUGGAAAUAGAGGGAGAUUCCCUCCAGCAACCACCUGCUACCUCGGCAGAGCAGCAAAGCAUGCUGGGGCUGGGACAGACAGAGGUGGUGAAUGGAAGUCAACAAGUGACACUGGAGGCACCGCUGACUGACCAACCGCUCGUUCAAGGAGAAGACUCGUAUGUGACGACCCAGCAUGCUUUGCCUCAAAAUAUCAGCCAGUUCGAGACACCUGCACUCCCUCAGCCUGGCUUUGAUCAGCAAACUCUAACUCAAGGCUUUACCAUCACUGAAUCGACUUACAGUCAGCCACAGUUCUCCACUGUUCAGCAGCUGCAGGAUUCCAGCACCCUCGAGUCUCAGGCCCUGUCUUCCAGCUAUCACCCACCGAAUCUGCUCCACGUUUCCAGUGCUGAGGUGACAAACGGGCUUAUGCAGCAGAGCAGUCAAGCCGAGCUUCAGCUGACUACUGAAACGCAGGACUACCAGGACGACAGUGAAGACAACAGCAAGAGAGCCUACAGGUGCAAUUGGUGUAACAAGGGCUUCAAAAAGUCGAGCCAUCUGAAGCAGCACGUGCGCUCCCACACUGGGGAGAAACCAUACAGAUGUCCUCUCUGUGGACGAGCCUUUGUAUCAGCUGGAGUGCUCAAGUCCCACCUCAAUACGCACACAGGAGUGAAGCCCUUCAAGUGUAAUGUUUGCGACGCCUCAUUCACAACCAAUGGCAGUCUGAACCGGCACAUGAUUAUCCACAUCAAGUCUUUCAAAUGCUCCAUGUGUGAUGAGAGCUUCAGGACUAGCCUGCUGUGUAAAAAGCAUAUGAAGAAGGAGCAUGCCGUGGAGGAACAAAUUAUAGGACUGGAGAGUCAAGAUGUCGAGGAAGAGGAGGAGGAGGAAGACGAAGACGAAGGAGAGCAAAAGACAUCAAAGAGGAGGGGCUUGGAAAUCAUCACUUUCACCGAAGAGCAGGCGGCCGAGUUGGCGAAGGAUCCCGGGGAGGAGGCCUCGGUGUCGGAGCGGAUCCUUGCCCAGUCAGCGGCCGAGAGGGAUCGAAUCAGCGAGAUCAAAGACAAGGCGGUGGAACUGGAAACAGAACCCAAGUUUGCCAACUGCUGCAAUUUCUGCCCAAAAAGCUUCAAGAAGCCCAGUGACCUUGUCAGGCACAUUCGGAUCCAUACAGGGGAGAGACCUUACAAGUGCGAUGCAUGCGGGAAGAGCUUUACGGUGAAAUCUACCCUGGACUGCCAUGUGAAGACGCACACAGGUCAGAAACUGUUCAGCUGUCACAUGUGCAACACCUCCUUCUCUACAAAGGGCAGCUUAAAGGUGCACAUGCGCCUCCACACUGGCUCCAAGCCAUUCAAAUGUCCCUUCUGUGAACUCCGCUUCAGAACUUCAGGCCACCGCAAAACCCACAUCCAGUGCCACUUCCGGCCGAGCAGCGACAGGAACAAAUCCAAGCGGUCUGCCUCAGCCACAGGUCAAGCAAGUCAAGACCCAGGGACUGGGCAAUCUGUGGCAGCGGGCCAGGGACAGCAGUCAGCAGCUUCAGAAGCUCUUCAACCUGUGGGUCUGCUACAAACGUCUAACUCUGAUCCCAACAUUUACCUCCCAGCCAAUCAAGUCCUGACAGGGCAAUUUGACCAGAAUCUGCUGCAGCAAGGGCUGGUGGGACAGGCCAUCUUGCCUGCCUCCAUGUCAGGAGAUCUGACUGUGUCCCUCCCAGAUGGUCUGACGUCACUGGACGGCAUCCAUCUGCAACUGACGUCUGCCAACCUGGUGUGCCCCAACGUCCAAAUCUCUGGCAUCGACACCAGCAACAUCAACAACAUCAACAACAUCACACUACAGAUUGAUCCUGCCCUCCUCCAGCAGACUUUACAACAAGGCGGCCUCCUCUCACAGCCCCUGACUGUUGACACAGGCCUCGUUUCACACUCUGGAGGUCAGCUCAUGUCCACCACAGACCCGUCGGUGUCCGCCAAUGUCGUCAUCCACCCACUGACCAGCCUGGCCCUGCAGCCCUCCACCAUCACACCUGGUCAGGUCACAAUGGCUGGCCUCUCCGAGCAGGAUGCCACAGGUUCUCAGGACCUAAGCCAUGUCAUGAGCAGCGCUGGGUUGAUAACUGGAAGCACCAGCGGCCAGGAGAUCACACUCACCAUCAACAAUCCCAGCCUGACUCAAGCUCUCGCCUCAGCUUCGUGUUCCAGCGCUGCAGCAGGAAAUCCUCAGGAGAUCACCCUCACCAUAUCAGAUUCUGGACUACAACCUGCUUUCCUCCAUACUUCUGCAGGUCAGGAUCUGCUCGCCCAGCAUAGCAACCCUAAUGGUGCCGAGAUGAACGGCAGCAUCAGGCUGGCAUCACCACUCAAUAGUCAGCCCACCAGCGCGACGCUGACUAUCACCAAUGACCACCUCCUACCUCAGAGCCCCGCCAACACUGGAAUAACAGUCUCCAGCCUGCCGCCGAGCACCACCCUGUCACAUACUGUUGCAUCCCAGAGCCUAGUGAUGUCACCAGGAGGCGUGACCGGUGAUAACAGCGUCACACUGACACUGACAGAUGCUCAGGGUAUGCUGGAUGGCGUCACGCUGAACCUUAAUACACAGGGUCAGACAUUUCCUGCAGUGCUGAAUGACUCCACUCUAUCAGGACAGCCAGCCGGCUCAGGACAGCAGGUCAUACUGGUCAGCCACCAUCCCCAAUCCACAAACGGAGCAGCCGAUAAUGGCUACAACAUUACUGAUGACGGCCAUAAAGUUGGGAAGGAUGGCCACACGGAGGCUGAUAAUCGGAACCAGUGUUACUACUGUAAUCAGGUCUUCCAGAAUGCUAACACGCUGCGACGCCACUGCAGACAAGCUCAUGGCAAGGACCGCUGUCACGUCUGCAACGUCUGUAACAAAGCCUUUAAGCGAGCUACACACCUGAAGGAACAUGAACGAGUGCACCAGCCGGGGCCGUCACCCAGCUCCCAGAAACCCAGAGUCUUCAACUGCUCCUCCUGCGUGAAGGCCUUCGCCAAGCGCAGCCAGCUGGAGAGACACAACCGAACACACACAGGCGAGCGGCCCUUCAAGUGCAGUCAGUGCGACAAGGCGUUCAACCAGAAGAGCGCUCUGCAGGUCCACAUGGUCAAACACACUGGAAAGAAGCCCUUCAAGUGUGAGGUGUGCAGCAUCAGGUUCACCCAGAAGAGCAACAUGAAACACCACAUGAAGAGAUCCCACGGCUACGGUCAGAUCCAAGAAGUGACCCUGAGCCAGGAAGAACCAGCGAACCAGGUGGAAGUAACACCUGAACUAGACCUGGAAGUGGUUCCUGAAUCAUCCGGAGAUUGGCACGUCUUCCCCUGACCUCAAACCACCAAGCCCCAGAGUCAAAAAGCACUGUACAGUGUACUGAGCACUGAUUGAGUUUUAGAACUAAACAGCAAAGCUUUGCCAAACAUUUUCCUCUCACUCAAAAGAGUUAUCUGGUUAGAAAAAGGAUUGGACAUUAUAGAUUUGCUGCACUAUAUAUCGAGGGCUUUUACCCUCGUAGCAGUCCCCUGCUGUUUAUCCAAAUUAACAGUGAAGUAAGGGGAGUCUGGUUCCCUGUGAUUGGCUUAAUGACUUGUAUCUGUUUUGUUACUGUUUGAUUGUCAUCAAUAUGAUGACCUCCGGAGAGGUUUGGCUCAAUAAACACAGGCAUCCCAGAGAAUUCAGCCAGGAGAUGCAGGUCCCUCUCAUGCUGACCCUGUCUUCGAAACAAGCCCCCCCCUUAGACAAGUGUCUUGUUUUUUCAUUCUUGGUCUGCUCACAGGGACGUACGCAGAGCCACAACCAACUGCUGUCAUGACUUCAAUUUCAGUUUUUUCCACUGGUCUACGCAAAUUAUGUCAUUUUUUUACGUAUUUAUACUGUACAUAUUUCGCAUUUGCAGCUUGUUUUAUGUCCGUUUUAGUUAGAAACCAACGCACAAAAGUGGUGUACCAAACACGUUGGUGAAGGCCAGCAGCAGUCAGCUGUGAGUGUUUGAUGCUCGGAAAGUUUUUUUUUUAAUUUUUUAUUAGCAUUGUUUCCUGUUGUUAUCAUCUCGUUUAGCCACUCGCAGAAGCAUUUUCCAUACUGUUGUUUAUUCUGUAAAUAGCAUCAUUAGAUUGCAUAUAUUUUCUGAAGAACUGCCAUGACAUGGUUUGCUUGGAAAUAUGUCAUUUGAGCAUAGUGUUGCAUUAUGAAGCAAAGCCAAUGUACAGAGGAUAUGAUAAGCGUGUUUUUUUUUGUUUUGUUUUUUGCAGUUGUAUUUUCUAUUGUCCAUAAUAAAUUAAGAAGAGUAAUUUUUCUACUAAUUUAAACGUGCAUAUAUUUUUAUUG